GAAGGUAUACAGCAUCUUGGCAGUGCAGUUGAUCUUGACGGGGGCCAUCAUUGGGCUCUUCUACAUUGACUCCUUCAGGCAAUGGAAUCAAGAAAAUCCAGGCUUGGUGAUCGCGUCUGCGGUUGCCACCAUCGUGCUGAUGAUCGCACUGAUCUGUGCCCCGGAUAUGCGCCGCAAGUCUCCAAUAAACUUAAUAGUUUUGCUGCUCUUCACGGCCUGCGAGGGCAUGCUGCUGGGCUCUAUCUGCGCUUGUUAUGAUGCUGACGCCGUACUCAAGGCCGCCAUAGUCACCGCCAUCCUCUUCUUUGGGCUCACCGCCUUCGCUUUCCAGACGAAGAUCGACUUCACGAUGAUGGCUGGGGCGUUGUGCUCCCUUGUGAUGUGUCUCAUACUUUUCGGCUUCAUGUGCCUGAUAUUCCAAAGCAAUACCAUGGACAACUUGUAUGCUGCCCUGGGAGCCUUUGUCUUCUCCUGCUUCAUUGUAGUUGACACUCAGCUCAUGAUGGGAGGAAAGCGAAAAUUGGCCAUCAGUCCUGAGGAAUACAUUUUUGCGGCGCUAAAUCUUUAUCUGGAUAUUAUCAACAUAUUCCUUUAUAUGCUGAUGCUGUUUGGCAAAAAAUAAUUAGUGUCGUAAAAUACAAAGAAAGCAAUCUGGACGGCAUUUCAGUGGUAGGCCGGCCAGAGUCGAAAAACACCGUGUCGCCUUUUUUUUCAAUUUAACGCUAGAAAUACGUCCCAAAUUUGAAAAAAGGUGAAACGAUCUAUUUUCACUGCAGAGGGCAGGCCACUAGAACACCGGUCAUACCGUUUUUAACCGUUAUUUCGAACAGUAUGUUAGAUCUUUGCGAACGACUAGAGCCGGAAACUUGGCAUUUUGUUUGAGCGCAAUACCACAUUUUUGGAAACUCGUUACAGUCUUAACGGUUACAAGUUAAAUGAAUACCUAAAUUUACAAAUUAAACCAUUUUUAGGAUUUCCGCAUCGACAAUGUAAGAAAAAAAUUGGUUUCAAGUGUAAUUAUAACUGUGGCAUUAAAUUUUUCCAUUUCUCGCGAGCGUGGGUUCAGGGGUGGAUAGCUAGAG